CAUUAGUCAACAGAGAAAAAUGAAAAUACCUUUGGUAUCUGCACCUGAUGAUAUCCUGGCAGAAAAUGACAAUAGCAGUUCUGUUAACAAAUCAAAAUCACAUGAUGAUGGCGGACAACCAGCUUUAUUUGAUACAAAUUUACUUCAAGAUAAGUCAGAUGUUGACAAUGGUUGCAGCAUUAAUGUUGCAGUGGUACCAAACAUCAGUGAAAGUAAUAGUGAUAUGAGUUCACCGUCAUUAACCUACUGGGAAAACAAACUAAUACAAAGACAAAAGUGUGGCAACAUAUUUAUAAAGAAUGAUCAAGAUUCAUUGCAAAGUAGCUCAAAAAAUUGGGAAACAAAACACAAAUCAUAUCAUGUAAAAAAAACUGAGAAUAGCCAAUGCAAAAACCAAUAUGAAAAUAGUAGUGGUCCGUACAAUUCCAGUGCAAUCAGGUUCAGUAACUCUGUUACACAAAACCAAGUACAACACAGAGAUAGAAUAAGACAUGAUGAGCAAGGGAAUGAAUCUUAUAAAAUAAAUUUUGGAGGGAAUUCAUUUGAUAAAAGUUCUACUGUAAAUCCUGAAACAGAAACAAGGGAGAGUGAUAAUAUAGGAUCUAAAUGGGGAAAGUAUGCUGAGUUUGAUGAUGAAGAUGAUGACUUUUUAACCUUUGACCAGUCAUUCAGUGUCCCAGUGGUGACUGACCAAUCAGAAACACCUACAACUUCAUUACGGCCAUGGACAAAACACAAUGACACAUUUAAUGGAGAUGAAUCAUUAGUUGUCCCAGAAAUAACUGACCAGAAAGAAAAACCUGUAAUUUCAUUGGGGUCUUGGACAAAACACCAUGACACAUUUAAUGAAGACAAGUCCUUAGUUGUUCCAGAAAUGACUGACCAGAAAGAGAAACCUGUAAUUUCAUUGGGGUCUUGGACAAAAUGUAAUGAAAGUUUUGGCAUGCCCAACAUGUCUCAUCAAGCAGAGAAACACACUAUCUCAUUACAGCCUGCAAAAAGACAUAGUGACACAUUUGAUUUUUCAGAUUUGAAUCCGUUAGGUACAAUAACAGAAAGCCAGUCUUAUAACAAGAAUGAAUGUGUUACUUCAUCUCAGAAAUUUCAAAGCACUUCUCGAAACAAAAAGGAGCAAUUUCAGUCUAGGCAUAUAUCAGAAAAGCAAUAUUUAUCACCAAACAAUCAGAAUUUAAACCAAAAUACACAAUCAACUAUAACUAGAACAAAUAGUCCAAACUUUUCACAUGGAAAUCCUUCUAGGAAUAUAUCGGAAAAGCAAUAUUUAUCUCCAGCAAACAGAUAUCAGAUCGCAAGCAAACAAAUAUCACAAUCCACAAUAACUAGAACAAAUAGUCCAAACUUUUCAUAUGGUAAUCCUUCAAAUGUAGAAUCUACGUCAGUGACAUGUGUUACUCCAACUGAUAACUACAAUCCAGGAAAGAAAUUUAAAUGUCCUGUACCACAACUUACUUCUAGUAUGCUGAAAGGAACAAAGAGAAAUUUAGGAUCAGAUUUACAGUUCCCAAGUAUACAAGAAAUAACAGAAAAUAGUCAACUAGUUAGAGAGAUGGAGAUUCCUACAAGAUUUACCUCCCUUAGUAACUACAAGCAAGUCUUUACAGCUGCUCUAAAAGAACAUUUGAACAUUAUCCUGUUUGACCUUGGUGUGAAGUAUCACCAUGCAUUAUCUAAGAUAGAUACCACUUCAUAUCUGCCAACAGUGCCAGGAAAAGAGAAUAAAGGAACAGUAAACAGUAACCCAGUCUGUAAAUGUGGAGCUCCAUCAAAGAUGAUACAAGUUAAGAAAUCUGGUCCCAAUCAUAACAGAUUCUUCUAUGCUUGUAAUGCUGCUAGGAACAGUCAAUGUAAGUUUUUCCAGUGGUCAGAUGAGAAAGGAGGUGGACACAAUAAGAAAGGAGGAAUAGACAAACAAACAAUGUCUGACCCAACCUCCAUUUUUACAUUUAUAAGAAGUCAUCAUGUUUAUUUCUACUGUGAUUGUACAUUCAUCAAGAAAUCUCAAGAAAACAUCAUGACACAUUUUAGGAGAAACACACCAAAUUGGGUAAAACAGAGGAUGGGUAUGGAUAUUACAGGCAAGAAAAAGAUGUACAUACAAUUAUCAAAGAAAGAUAACUCAGGUUUAUACUCAAAAGAUGAUUUAUGGAUUAUAUCCAGACAUCUUGACUUCCGUCCUUCAUCCACUGUCCUGUGUAAGAGUACAUAUUAUGGACCAACAUCAGGCAAUGAGGUGGAGAUAGAACCUAUAGCUAGUUUCUGUCCAUCUAACUGGUCAAAUGGAGAGAAAUGUCAUGCCAUACUAGCAGGGAAUGUGUCUGGAGAAUUAAGUUAUCUGGUGAACUUAGAGGAGAAUGUGACCAUUACAGAUGUUCCUGUGUUACAGUCCUUACUGGCUUGCAAUACAGAAAGAAGCUCUUCCACAUUUUCUGCUCCUUUAAAAGUGUCGGAGAACACCAAUAUUUAUGUUCCAGAAAGUUAUGUGGAUGAGAAAGUAGAAGAACUUAUAGAUCAGUAUAAACUGAAUGAGGAUCAGUCUACAGCAUUAAUUAGAGUGGCCAGAAUGUUUACUGACCGAGAGAAAGAUAUAUUACUUAUACAUGGUGUGUUUGGAGCAGGUAAAAGUUUCCUGUUGUCAGUAGUGGUGGUAUUUUUAGUUUGGCUAUUUGAGAGGAAUGAUACAUACACCCCUGGAGUACCAUUUCCAUGGAAACUUCUAAUAGCAUCCACCACUAAUGUUGCAGUAGACAGAAUACUCAAUGGUUUAUUAGCCAUUGGAUUUGAGGAGUUUGUAAGAGUUGGUAGCGUUAAGAAAAUAUCCAAACCUAUAUUACCCUUCAGUGUACAUGCUACAGGGUCAGACAGUCAGGAACUAAAAGAUCUACAAAUGAUGUUACGUAGUGGUGAACUUACUGCUACAGAGAAACAAAAUGUAAAACAAAGUAUUGAGAAACACAAACUUGGAGAAAAUAAAAAGAAACUGAGUAAAGUGAGAGUGGUUGGAGUAACAUGUGCUUCCUGUUCAGCUAAUACUCUCAAGGAUAUGAAGUUUCCUAUAGUGUUGUUGGAUGAAUGUUCACAGAUGACUGAGCCAGCCUCUAUGUUACCUGUGGCAAAGUUCAAAUGUCAGAAACUGGUUCUAGUUGGUGACCCCAAGCAACUAGAUCCUACAAUACAAGGCAGUGAAACAUCAACAGUACAUGGACUGGAACAGACUCUCUUUGAUAGAAUCACACUUAUGGGUCAUAGUCCUGUUAUGUUACACACACAGUACAGAUGUCAUCCAUACAUCAGUCAGGUCUCCAACUCUCUGUUUUAUAAUAAUGUAUUAAGGAAUGGAAUAGCUGUGGAGGACAGGGAACCAGUCAUGGAUGAGUUACCUGCCCUUUGCUUUUAUGAUGUAUGUGAUGGCCUCGAAAUCAAUGACAGAGAUGGCAGCUUUUACAAUGACAAAGAGGCUGAGUUUAUUAUUUUUCUGAUUGAAGUAUUGGUUGACAGAGAGGUAGAUCCUGACAGGAUUGGAGUUAUCUCCCUCUAUAAAUCUCAGAUGUAUAAAAUUACAAACUUACUAGGCAGCAAUAAAAACUGUAAAGAGUUGAAGGGUGUAAUGGUUUCUACAGUUGAUGCCUUCCAGGGAGGAGAGAGAGAUGUGAUCAUCCUGUCAUGUGUCAGAACCAGAAAUGUCGGAUUUAUUGAUAAUCAAAAGCGAACCAAUGUUGCCUUGACCAGAGCCAAACAUCAUCUGUUGAUUGUGGGUAAUGAAAAUAACCUGACCAAGAAUAAAUUGUGGCAUCAAAUUAUACAGCAAUGUAAAGAUUCCAGUCCCCAAGGAUUACAGAGUGCAGAUAUUAUCAGAGAAAGAUUUAAAUUAGAACCUAAACCAACGGAAAGUUCUCAGAAGAAAAAACGUAACCAUAACAACCAAUUUAUUUUAACAGAUGAUGCUUCAAGUAGUCCACCAAUGUCUCUGACAGAUUCCUGUAAAUCAUCAUUAUCAACCGAUAGUUCGAAUAUACAGCAACUGGUCCCUGAACCUGUAUCAUUUGAGAAAGGGGACCAGUGUUCAGAAGAGAUGGACUUCAAGGUGGAUCUUACUAAUCAGGUACCAGGUAGAAGGAGGAAGAGGAGAAAAAUAGACCCAUCUUUGUUGGAGGACGAUGAAAACAUUAACAGUGAUGAUGAAGAAUUGCCUAAUAUAUUCAAUUCUUGACGAAACUAAGUUCUCUAUUGAACAGUACUUGUUGUUAAGUCUAGUAUAUUAGGGUAGACAAUACAUACAGGAUGUCCACAGAUAUUUUGUAUUAUAAGCUUUGUUGCUUAUAAAAUUGGAGCUUGGGCCCUCAUUAAAGUCAUAUUGUAUACAUAUGAAGUUUUGUAUUAGAGAUAAUAACUAUGAUAAAUUGUACAUUA